AUGCACAACGGACGACCAGUGCCCUUCAAGGCGUCUGGUUUUCAGAUUCGGCGUCCAAGCUUUUUUUCUCUUGGUCGUGUGCACGAAAGGGCAGGUCUUUUCGAUGACCUCGGCGAACUAUCAACGUCAAAGUCCCUCUUUCCAUCCAAAGUAUCAACCUCCUCUCACGGUCUCUUUGAGUUCCCUCUCAAUGCAUCUAAACCGAAAACAGGCAUUGGUGUUACGUCAAGUGAGUCUGCAUUUGAAAUUGAGCAAAGUGGCUCAUCAAACGCUGAACAACCGACCUCUGGACAAUCGUUCGAAGGAGAUUUUUGCCCUGGAAUAUGGCUUUCAGAUGGCAAUGAAACACAUCAAACUGGAUCUUUCACCUCUCCCACAGCAUAUGUACAAGUUAAGAAUGUCCAGGGUUCCCCAAAUUUGGCGUCUGGAAUCGCAACAGACGCUGCUUCUCUGCGCACUCUUCCCGAACCUUUAAACUUAUUUACUAAACCUGGCGACUUAAAGAUGUUUCGCCUGCCAACUAGGUUUAUCCAGGCCCUGUGUUCAACCAGUAAGAAGCGAACUUCACUAGCUGAACGGGUUGAACAACGAAUUCCUCACUCCGCUACACCGAUGACGUUCAAGUUGAACUGCGCACCAUCUAGUCUACCCCAAGAGAAUAACGCAAUGAAAGAUGACGUGAGUCUCUGUACAAACACAGCGUUGACAGUGCAGGAGCGAUUGGCUGUGCUUGAGGCGAAUGAUAAAGCGGAACAUGAACGCAGGCAGUCGACCUUCAGCAACCCAUAUUCCACCAACAAUCCAUCUAACAACAAAUCUGUUAUCGUGGGAACCUGUCCGGAUAUGUGCCCAGAGACUGAGAGAUAUCUGCGGGAACUGCGUCAGCGCGUCUCUGUAUUUGAGUGUCUAAACUGUGAGUUGUCCUCUGCUCCCUGGCGAAUGGACCAUACGCGAGCUGUGAAGGACUACAGCCGCUCGGCCGCCGAUCAGGCCGAACCGCUGCCGUGGGAACUUCGGCCUCCGGAGGUCUUGGAACGAACUAUGAACUAUCUGUUGUCCGCCAUUGCAGACCGUCCUGAAAUCGACACUACUGGCAACCUUUGGAAACCUUGUCCUUCCCUCCGUAAUCGUCAUAGGUAUGAAUUUUUGUGGACGAGAACGCGUGCCAUUCGUAAAGAUAUCACACAACAGCGCUUGUGUUCACCUGCUAUCGUUUCUAUUGUGGAGAAAAUUACUCGCUUCCACAUUUUCUGUGCGGCGCGUUUGGUGGAUCAAUCCAUGGAUGCGUUUGAUCCUAGAAUCAACUCUGAGAAUCUUACUCAAUGCCUCCAAACUCUGAAGGAGCUUUACGGGGAUCUCAGAGGGGCUGGAGCUGAUUUUAGCCCUUGUGAAGCGGAAUUCCGUGCUUAUAUGAUACUCAUGAAACUCAACGACAGCUCCGUACUAGACGAGGUACAGAAGUUUCCUGAUGUUUUGCGCAAAUCAAAGGAGGUGCAAUUCGCGAUUGCAGUGCACUCAGCUGUGGCGGAACACAACCAUGUGCGUUUCUUUCGUUUGGUCCGCAUGGCAGACUGUUUGACCGCCUGCCUUCUCCACCGCUAUUUUAGUCAGGUUCGCUCCCAUGCUCUCCUAGCCCUCUCCUCCGCCUUCUGUGGACAUCCUAGACACGCAGUCAUGGUGCGUUACCUCACCUCAUCCUCUCUAUUUUCCUGUGAUGAAUUGCUGUUGUCAUUCGGUACUAGCCAGUUGGGAUUUGAGUCACGGAAGGACGCACAGGCCUUCUGUGAGCACUGGAAUCUCCACGUGUCGGGUGACGACCUAAUUUUUCGACGUCAUUCACCGCCUCGAGAGCCAGAGUUUGCUUGGCAAGAGGGAAGAGCAUUAAAUCUGAUUGAGGGUAAGCGUUUGGGUCGAAGCCUUGCAGAUCUUUUCAACGGUGGUCCAAUUGAUCCCUCUUAUGCUAACCCCGGACCAGUUCACUCCUCCUUUGACAGUGAAGGUCGCAUCCUUAGCAUACAAGAGACCCAGGAAUCACCUUACUGCCCUUCAUCAACUGGCCUCACACCACUUCCCCUUUCAAUGGACAAUCUGAGGUCUCCUCCACUGUCACCAGAUGAAACAAAUGUUGGAGAUGCUUUUAGUGCCCAUCUCAGAAAACCCGCAUUUGAAGUUGACUUUAUGACUGGUGACUCUUCUGAGCCCAUAUUUUCAGAUGAAGCUAAGUCGGAGUCGUUAAUGGUUAUUUUUAAUGAGGUGUUGAACUGUGAAAUCCGAAGCGUCGCGCUGGUAGAGUUGAAGGAAACUAAGGCGGCAGCGAGUGUGGCUGAUGAAAUGAUUGAUGAGACCAUAGAAUCAUGCUUAACGCAGGUUGCAGAAGAGGAGGUCGCCUUUCGUCUAGAUUUUGUGUCAUCCGUUACUGAAGAAAUUACGAGGGACAUCAUUUGGAAUUUUGUGGAUAGUUCACUGCAGGAGAUUGUCUUCGAUAUCAUGAGUGAAACUGUUGUCUCGGUGAUCUCUACUGACAUUCUGAGGGAAGCUUUGAGCGAGUUUGCAUCACUCGAGCUGAAGAAAGCUCGUUCGGAGCAUUUGAACAUGAGACGACUGUUAAAGCGCACCUUCUGUUCCUGGAAAGCUAUCCAUCAGGAGCAGCGGCAGCAGAACAAUAUUUCCAUCUGCGACUUCCUUCACUCUCUCCCGGCUGCUCCGGCACCCCAUCUGUGGGUCGACUACUUCAGCGAGGCGAGGCUUUGCGGCUCCCGGCGUACUUGGCUCUGGGCAUUCCCGGAAAAGGAAUCUCAUGCUCUUAAACGGGCCCGAUUCUCUGCCUCCAAUUCCACAAUCGACGCUAAUCUCGCAUAUCGACCUCUUGAUCCCAUUCAUGACCUCUCGGGCGAAGUCCGCAUUGGAGUCAUUGUUUCUGCAACAGACUGCUUCUUUUCUCAAUGGCUUUGCAACAAACUUAAAAAUCUUGCUAACUUUACUGUUCUUUCCUCUUUGGACCAUCUCACGGGGAAAGAAACUGGACUUAUUGUGGUUGGUGAUGGUCUCUCACAUCUCGAAAUCCCACAACUUUGUCUUCUUCCCCCUGAUGUUAGGGAGUUUACUGAACAAUCCGACAUUAUGAAGAGCAUUGCCUUUCCGCCUCUAGUUUAUGGGGAUGCUACAAUAGCUUAUUGCUGGAACUCUCUUCUCCAAACCGGUCUUCAGUGGUUGGUGAAGAAGGCCGCAAUUGUUCCUGGUUGCAAGCAUAGUUGUGGAACCAAGGUGGAGACUGAGAAAGCAGUCACCUUCCCACAUUUAUUUCCACAAGUCUCAACUUUGGGAGAGUUUGUGUGGAGCCAGGUUCAGGCGACUUUCCUAACACCCUUGCUCUUCUUGAUUGAGCAUUGGGAUAAACAGGGGCUUACCCAUCCUGAUCCUCACCAUAUUCUGAUGGCCUACAAUCAAACUCUAGAACCAUUACCAAGACCCAUCCGCAAGAGUCUUGUAAUCUCUCCGCUGCCUGAGCCCCUUCCACUUACCAUAUCCUGGUCGGAGGCUGCAAAUAGGUGGCACACCUUUCUCCUUACUCCGCAAUUUUCAGAGGACUUAGCUACCUUUUGUAAACUCUCUCCUGACUAUUGUAAAUGGUGGAGACGAAUCAGUGCUCUACUGAUCCCCUGGGGCCCUCUCUGUUUCCGGGUGGUUCUCGCCAGGAUAGAUGCGGCGUUGAGCGAUGAUGAGCGAUUUGCCUCUCUGAACGCCGCGGUCGGGAUGGUCCCUGCAGCAGUCCAUGCUCUCGACCGAUUGAGUCCCCAAUUCUCCGUCGCCUCCAUUAUGCGUGAGUUUAACUUCCGUCGACCCAGGAUGCAGUCAUCCAGCAACUAUCGGCAACCACGGCGGCCUCCCACCCCUUUAAACGCCAUGGCCCAACAAUUACAAGAAUUAGACGCGAAGAUCGCAAAGCUUUCAAAUGAUGUUCGUUCGAUCCUCAAGUGA